AUGGCAAAUGCUGUGUUAGACCUUUCACCACCAUCCAUGGAGAACAUUCCACCAAUUCUGGAUGGUGUAGAUGUUGCACAAGAACAGCCACAAGAGCAGCCAGAAAAUACAGGUCAAGCUGUGGAAGACCCCAUGCCUCUGAAUGAGGAUUUUAAUCCACCGGUGUCCUCCACACCAGAGAGGAACAAAAAAAAAGAAUAGAUCAGCAGAAAAACUUUUCAAAAAAUUGCGGAGAGAAAAGCGUCAACUGAAAAUGCAGGUCUUACAUUUGAAGAAACAGCUAGCAAAGAUGAGAAAACAAAGGGAUAAAUCAAGAAAGAGUGAGGAGAGGUUAAUGGUAAAACAAAUAGUAGGCCUACGUGAAAGAUUCAGGCUAAGGGGGCACAAAAAAAUGUCAGCAAAAAGAAAGCAAGCAGUUAUCAAUUUUCUGUCCAGAGAUGAAAACAGUCGUCUUUUAGCAGGGAAAAAAGACACUAUUACCAAACACAAACUGAAAAUACAGCGAAGAGUUUUAACAAAGCCCUUGAUUGAGCUCCAUGCUCAGUAUCAAACAGAGGUGGAACAGGAUCUCUCCAUGUCUUACCGACAAUUUGUCAGGAGACGGCCUUUCUACAUCACAGAGCCAAAGGCCAGAGACAGAGAUACAUGUGCGUGUGUUGAACAUGAGAAUCUCCGGCUAUUGAUCAACAAACUUGCCAAGAGAGGGCUGUUGAAGACAACCAGCAUCUCAGAAUUAUUGAAUAGGAUUGUUUGUGACCCUAAAAACAAAGCAUGUAUGGAUCGUGUAUGCCCAAAGUGCUGCUUUGAAGAAGUCCAACUACCUGAGACACCCUCUGCUGAAGUUUCGUGGGAACAAUGGGAGCGAGUAACAUCAACAAAUGGAGAGAAAGUCUUUGCAAAUGUUUUAAAACAAACACACACAGGGACCAUAGAAGAUUUAAAAGUUCUGUUCCACAAAAAGCUAGAAUGUUUAGCCAUACACCAGUUUAACUGGAUCCAUCAAACAGAGCAGUUCCGUACAUUCAAACAAAAUCUUACAGAAGCUGAAGCUGUGCUUCACAUUGAUUUUUCAGAAAACUACGCCUGCAAGAUGAGCACAGAAGUACAGGCCUAUCAUUUUGGAGGCAGCAGAAAGCAGGCAACAAUACACACUGCCAUUCUUUACACAGUGCAUGGCACUAAAUCAUACACAACACUGUCAGACAGCCUCCGCCAUGAUGAGCGGGCAGUAUGGGCACACCUGGAGCCCAUACUGAAAGAGAUUCGGGCAACCUACCCACAGAUUAUGACCCUACAUGUCAUCAGUGAUGGACCUGUCACACAGUACAGGAACAAAGCCAACUUUUACCUCCUCAGUACUGUGCCUUUCCUUUCUGGGUUCAAGCAUGUUUCAUGGAACUAUUCAGAAAAGUCCCAUGGAAAGGGUGCCCCGGAUGGUAUCGGUGGUGCCGUGAAGAGGGAUGCAGAUCUCUAUGUUCGUCGGGGAGGUGAGCUGCAGACACCACUGGAUUUGUAUGAGAUGCUGACGAAAAAAUCCGGGUCAACUAUUACUCAUUACUGGGUAAACGAAGAGAGCAUCCAGAAAUAUGAUGAGCUGGUUCCAGAGAAAUUGACGGCUGUGAAAGGAACCUUAAAAAUACACCAAGUGUUAUCUUCACAAGCUGCACAAAUCAGUCACAGGGAGGUUUCGUGCUUCUGCCAGCAUGCAGAAAUGAAGACAUGCCUAUGUUACCAGCCAGUGAAAGUAGAUUUGAGGGACACCACUGACAAUUCCCUAAGCACUCCUGAGCCACCAAAGAAACAACCUCCUCAAGACUUGAGUGGAAAGUUUGUCAUAGUCACCUAUGAUGAACUUCCCUAUGUAGGCCAGGUCCUUCAGGUCGUGGGAGAGGAAGUACAAGUUACCUCCAUGCGACAGUCAGGAGAUAAUAACUUGUUUGUGUGGCCACAAGUGCCAGAUAUUAUAUAUUACUACAAAAAAGAUAUUAUCCAUGUCAUUGCAGAACCUGAGCGAGCAACCUCACGCUACUCUAAGCUGA